CUCUUAAGCAGGUUAUUAAUUAACUGAAUGUAACCACUGGCUGUUGAUAAAUCCUUUUAACUAAUUCAAAUUCCGUAUCGAGCUGGGAGCAUUUUCACUCGAGCUGCUGCCCAAGUUAAGCUGGGUGAGGAAUUAUUCCUGAUGUGUUUUCCAGCGCCGGAGUCGGGGCAAAGGGAGAGAAGAUAUUUGUUUGCUUGAUUCCACAUGACAACUCCAGGGUAACUGAACAGACUGUACGGUUGGGUUGACAGGGCUGAGCACCCGCCAGCAGCCUCACUCACAUACCAGAGCCAGGGGGAUGGAAGGGGCACCGGCAGCUGGGAUGGAGCCGAUCCGAAUUCCUCUAAAGAGCGCCAAUUUGCCAUCAAUUAUUCAUGUUUUUCUGAGGUCUCGCUUCUGAGAGUGCCUUUCAUCCGAGGCAUCCAAAGCACUCUGCGUAAUCCAUGUGUUAGGCAUGGCAGCAUGGCUGCAAGACUGGGGCCAAGGAAGCCUUGAAAUACAGUGCAGAUUUAUUCUUCAUAUUAAACUGAUUGCUCCUGGCCAGGAUUGUUCCCAUUUUGUCCCCACCUGAGCGCUCCGUGCCCAUGGUGCCUGCAGAGGGUGGCUGAGCAGGGCCAUGCAUCAUCUCUUCAGGCUGGUUUUGGCACAGAAGGACCUUUCCCGGGCAGGGGAUCUCUUCUCCCUGGAGGAUGCUGAGAUCGAAGGAAGCCUCUCCGAAGCUCUUGAACAGAUCAGAAUCAUUAGUUCAGCUGCAGACUACCAGACCAAUGACAACGACCAGGCUGUGGUGGAGAUCUGCAUCACCCGGAUCACCGCGGCCAUCCGGGAAACCGCAUCCAUCGAAAAGCACGGGAAAGCCCUGGUGGCCCUCUGGGAGUCGUGUCUGGAGCACAACCUGAAGCCCUCUGGGAAAGACGAGGAUGCCCCACAUGCCAAAAUUGCAUCUGACAUCAUGAGCUGCGUCUUGCAGAAUUACAACCGGCCUCCAGUGAUGGCCUUGGCUGUGCCAGUGGCAGUGAAAUUCCUGCAGAGGGGCAAUAAGGAGCUGUGCAGGAACAUGUCCAGUUACCUGUCCUUGGCUGCCAUUGCCAAGGCAGAGCUGCUGGCCGAGCACACAGAAACCAUUGUCAGGAGUGUCCUUCAAGGGAACUCGAUGCUGCUCCGCGUGCUGCCCGCGCUCUACGAGAAGCGGCCGCAGCCGAUCCACGCCUGCCUGCGGGAGCUGGUGGCACCCAUGGCCCAGCUGGACCCGGCCGAGCAGCUCCACCUCCUCAGGCUCCUGCACACCGUGGCCAGGAAGAGAGAACUGGGGGUGCUGAAGGAGUGUUUGCCAUUUUUAUUUGGACACCUGAGAGACCCCAACCACAGUGAAGUGGUUCUAAACAUCCUUCUGGAAAUAUCCAGCUACGAACCUGCAGCCUUGGCCCCUUUCCUUCCCACACUGAGGGAAAUUGGGGAGAGUUUUCCCACUUUGAUUGGGCAGAUGGCAAAGAUCUUUGGAGCUGUUGGACAUCUUGAUGAGGAGCGAGCCAGGACGUCCCUGCUGUAUCUGGUGAACCAGCUGGCCAACAUGGAGCACUCCUUUCACCACAUCCUUCUGCUGGAGAUCAAGAGCCUCACCGACACCUUCUCGAGCAUUCUGGGCUCCCAGAGCAGGGACAUUUAUCGCAUGAGCAACAGCUUCUCUGCCAUCGCCAAGCUGCUCGUGCGGCAGCUCGACACCGACGGCGCGGCAGGAGCCAGGAUGGAAAACGACCCUGAGGCAGAAUGUCCUGUACCACUGGAUGAUUUAAAAUCUGUGAUGAAUGACAAUGAAGAAGAUGAAAAGCUCCAAGUUAAAAUCCAGGCUUUUGAAGAGAAAAUAAAUGUGGACAACAGCACCCCUGGCUCGGUGAGGAGAUACAGUCUGGGCCAGGUCUCUAAAGAAGAAAGGAAGGAUAUGAGGUUUAACAGGUCCAAGAGCCUGGCCCUGCACGCGCUCCGGAUGAAGGGGGCGAGCUCGGAGGGGGGGCCGGACGAGGAGAACGGAGAGAUCCCUGCUGGCAUCUCCUUCUCUGAGAUCUACCUCAGCCAGGACCAUGACAAAGGGCCUUUCGGGGUCCCCCCCGAAGCAGCACACGUGGGGAACUCCCUGGUUCCACACCAAAGUGCUGAUUACGUGCCAGCAGCUGAUCUGCCAGAACCGACCCCGGGAAAGGCCGUGGAAGGAAGGGCAGAGGCAGCCACGGGCCCUGUGGAAUACCAGGACAAGCUGUACCUGCACUUGAAGGAAAACCUGGGGAAAGUGAAAGCAUAUGUGAUGGAGAUGGGGAGGAGAAUCCCCAUCCCUGAGCAGUGUGUGAUUGAAGACACUGUUCAGAGUUGCAUGGCAAAGCUGUUCUUCAGCUGUCCCCUGAAGGGCCACUACUGCCUGUACAGCAAAUCCAGCUUCACCCUGGUGAGCCAGCAGCCUCUGCUCUGGAUCCACAUCAUGUUCCUGUUCCAGCAGAGCCUGUUUGCAGAACCUUUGUCCGUACAAAGCGACUCAGUGCAAGUCCUCAAGGCCCUGUGGGAGAAGACACAGCUCAAGGGGACACACAGCUUUGAGACUGCCAUGAUCCAGUCCACGUUCCCACACCAAAAGGACCUGGAGAAUGUUCAGAUGCACCUGGAGGAAGCGAGGUUCUUUGACUUAUUCGGGUACAGCGAGGAGGCAGGAGCCUGGCAGUGCUUCAUGUGCAACAACCCCGAGAAGGCAACAGUUAUGAACCAGGACGGGCAGCCCCUGAUGGAGGGCAAGCUGAAGGAGAAGCAGGUCCGCUGGAAGUUUAUCAAGAGGUGGAAAACGCGCUACUUCACCCUGGCUGGCAACCAGCUGCUGUUCCGGAAGGGCAAAUCCGACGACCCCGACGAGUGCCCCAUUGAGCUGAGCAAAGUGCAGAGCGUCAAAGUGGUGGCAAAGAAGCGGCGGGACCGGAGCUUGCCCCGGGCCUUCGAGAUCUUCACGGACAGCAGGAGCUACGUGUUCAAAGCCAAGGACGAGAAGAACGCCGAGGAGUGGCUGCAGUGCCUCAACGUGGCCGUGGCACAGGCCCGCGAGCGCCAGAGCCACGAGGCCACCACCUACCUGUAACCACCACCUGCCUGUAACCACCUACCUGUAACCAACACCUGCCUGUAACCAACACCUACCUGUAACCACCACCUACCUGUACCCACCUACCUGUAACCAACACCUGCCUGUAACCACCACCUACCUGUAACCAACACCUACCUGUAACCAACACCUACCUGUAACCACCACCUACCUGUACCCACCUACCUGUAACCAACACCUGCCUGUAACCAACACCUACCUGUAACCACCACCUACCUGUACCCACCUACCUGUACCCACCUACCUGUAACCAACACCUGCCUGUAACCACCACCUACCUGUAACCACCACCUACCUGUACCCACCUACCUGUAACCAACACCUGUAACCAACACCUGUCUGUACCCACCUACCUGUAACCAACACCUGCCUGUAACCAACACCUGCCUGUAACCACCUACCUGUAACCACCACCUACCUGUAACCACCACCUACCUGUAACCACCUACCUGUAACCAACACCUGCCUGUAACCACCACCUACCUGUAACCACCUACCUGUAACCACCACCUACCUGUAACCACCACCUACCUGUAACCACCUACCUGUAACCAACACCUGCCUGUAACCAACACCUACCUGUAACCACCUACCUGUAACCACCACCUACCUGUACCCACCUACCUGUAACCAACACCUGUAACCAACACCUGUCUGUACCCACCACCUGCCUGCAGCCCUGGGGCCACCAAACCACACCUGCGUGGCACCGCGGGAUGGCCACAAGGCCACCCCCAGACCCUGUGGCCCCAGGAGCUGUGGGACAGCCACAGGGAGCAGGGAGAGCUGCCUGCAGAGCCAGAGGGCCGGCAGGGCAAGGACGCCUCCGGGGAGCCAGUGCCACCGGGAGCGUGCCCUGGCACGGGGACACUGCCCGGUGCAGGAGCAGCUGCCACAUUCCUGGCAGAAAUCCAGGGGUUUUUCUUCAGCCUGGUGGCCUGAGAGCCAGGGAACGUGGUUAGACAGCCAACUCCUCGGCCUGAGGUGCACCAGGUCUCUGACACUGCCAAGAGAAUUCCAGGAAUGAGGACUUUCUGCUUUCCUCAAACACUUGGAUGUAAAAAGUUAAUUUUCCUUAUUUAAUCCCAGUGGACUUUAUCAUUUUAUUGUUUCUAUGUGUCCAUGCUGCUGCUUUCAGGUUUAAAUUGGGCAAUUUGAAAGAUUUUUGUACAGCUGGAAAAUAAUUUUAAAUAUUUAACUGGUUUGAUUUCCCCUCUUUUUCCUGCUUUUGCUCUACUUUGUAACUGAAUGUAAUUUUUAGAUUUUCCUUUUCUUUUUUCUCUUCUCCAUUCUGUAACUUUUCAAAAUUUCUGCAAAUCUGGAAAAUUCCCAGUUUGUUUGAUUUUCUUUGUUACUUUCAAAUGAUUCCAAAGUGGAGGAAGCGCUGUAGAAGAGACUGAAAGGAAAACAGGGGGGGAAAAAGGAAGGAGAGGUCUGCAAGCAAAGAAAUGAGCUCAGAGAUCACUCAAGGCUGAGUAGAAAUAAAAUCAAAAUUUUCCAACCUA